AUGGCUGCCUGUUCGCCCCUCCGUUCCUAUUUUACCCCUCUUCUUCGCCCCGCUUCCUCCUUCUCCUCCUCCUCCAUCCUCCGAACACAAUCAUCAACAAAACUCCUCAUCAACUCUUCCCUCCACAAAUCCACCAGAUUUUUUUCAUCAACAAAUAAAGCAAUGGUUGUCCCCGUUUAUUUCGACAUUGCGUACACGACUCCUUCGGGUCAGACCGAGAACUGGGGUCGUAUCAACUUCAACCUCUUCGACGAUGUUGUCCCCAGAACCGCUGAGAACUUCCGUGCUCUUUGCACUGGUGAGAAGGGAUACGGUUACUCUGGAUCCAAGUUCCACCGUGUAAUCAGCAACUUCAUGGCCCAGGGUGGUGACUUCACCCGCGGUAACGGCACCGGUGGAAAGUCCAUCUACGGUGAGAAGUUCGCCGAUGAGAACUUUAUCAAGAAGCACGACCGCCCCUACCUUCUCUCUAUGGCCAACGCCGGACCCAACACCAACGGCUCCCAGUUCUUCAUCACCUUCGUCAAGACCCCUCAUCUUGAUGGAAAGCACACCGUUUUCGGUGAGGUUGCCGACGAGACCUCCAAGGAUAUUGUCCGCAAGAUGGAGUCCAAGUCUCUCGACAACUCUGGCCGUACCUCCGGCACCAUCACCAUCGCUGCCUCUGGCCAGCACUAA